UUAUUUUUUAUUUUCUUUAUCAGUUGUGACUGUUGUUUAAGGUGUUGCAACUUGCAAGCAAAAAACGUCGCUAUUAGAUUCCAGUUCUGUGGAAUCACAAUCUGAAAUCAUCACCCACUCGCAUCUCUCUCUCUCUCUCUUUCUCUCUCCUUGUCUGUCGCAAUAUACAGAGAGAAACGUUCCGGGAAAAUCGUCCGAAAAAAUGUCUGAACCAGGGGGAGAAAAUCAGACUUCCACUCCAAAUUCAAAGGAGCUGACGCCUCCACAAUCGAUGACGGAGAGAGGGUUACUGAUGGACCUCGAUCUCGAUCUUGACGGUUCCUGGCCGUUCGAUCAGAUCUUAGUCUCCUCCAAUCCUACGUCGCCGUUCCUUCUCACGUCCUCCGAACAACCUUGCUCUCCUCUGUGGGGCUUUAACGAAGAUAAUCUCGCUUUAAACUCCACGUCGUUGCUCGCCGGAGGUCUUUGUUCGGCGGACUAUCCUUUAAAUACAGAUAAUCCUGAUUCAGUAGCUGCUAGCCCAUCCAGAAAUGAUGAUAAAAGAAGGCUUCCUCCACCAAUUCUGGGUUUGUCGCUGAGAGAUUAUCCGGAUAGCUCUUAUGUGAUAAAAGAGAGGAUGACGCAGGCACUCAGACUCUUCAAAGAAUCGACUAAACAACAUGUUCUAGCACAGGUUUGGGCACCUGUGAGGAAUGGGAAUCGGUAUGUACUCACAACGUCAGGUCAACCCUUUGUUCUUGAUGCACACAGUAAUGGGCUUCAUCGAUAUAGAAUGGCAUCUCUGAUGUAUAAGUUUUCUGUGGGUGAGGAGAGUGAUGAAAUGCUUGGGGUUCCUGGCCGUGUUUUCAAGCAUAAGUUGCCGGAAUGGACUCCAAAUGUGCAGUAUUACUCCAGCAAAGAGUAUCCACGACUCACUCAUGCUCUGAACUACAAUGUUUGUGGAUCCUUGGCUUUGCCUGUGUUUGAACCUUUGGGCCAGUCUUGUGUUGGUGUGGUUGAGCUUAUACUGACUUCACCAAGGAUUAAGUACGCGCCUGAGGUUGAUAAAGUCUGCAAAGCACUUGAGGCAGUAAAUUUGAAAAGUUCAGAGAUAUUGGAUCAUCCAAACACAGAGUUCCGCAAUGAAGGUCGCCAGAAUGCACUGGCUGAAAUCUUGGAGAUAUUGACGGUGGUGUGUGAAAGUUGCAAUUUACCUCUGGCUCAGACUUGGGUUCCUUGCAUGCAUCGCAGCAUUCUAGCAGAUGGCGGCGGCUUGAAGAAGAGCUGCAGUAGCAUUGACGAAAGCUGCAUGGGACAAGUCUGCAUGUCCACGACUGAUGUAGCAUUCUACGUAAUAGAUCCUCACAUGUGGGGUUUCAGGGAGGCCUGUGCUGAGCAUCACUUACAAAAGGGGCAAGGGGUUGCUGGGAGGGCAUUUGCAUCUCAAAACUCAUGCUUUUGUGAAAACAUUACCCAGUUUUGCAAAACUGAGUACCCCUUAGUUCAUUAUGCGCUCAUGUUUGGGUUAACUAGUUCUUUUGCAAUCUGCUUACAGAGCACUCACACUGGAACUGACGAUUACGUUCUAGAAUUCUUUCUUCCACCUAAUAUUACAGACAGUAGAGACCAACAGGUCUUGUUGGAGUCACUAUUGGUGACUAUGAAGCUGCAUUUCCGGAGUCUUAAGGUUGCUUCUGGAAAAGAACUCGAAGAGGAGGGGAGAUCUGUUGAAAUUAUUAAAGCAUCUAUGGAUGGAAUACUUGAUUUCGAACUUGUACCUGACCAAAUAUUGCAAUGUACAGCAUUUCUACCUGGGUCUGAUAUCUUACCAAAUGCAAAAGAUAUGUUGCAUCUUGAUUCAUCGCAACAGCAGUUAAUGGUGGAAGCUGAUGCAAUUAGUGAUGGAGAGAAUGUGGGUGGUCGAGGUGCUGUAUCGUUUUCAGACAAUAAAAAGUCGAGCAAGAAAUCAGAGAGAAAACGUGGAAAGGCUGAGAAAUCAAUCAGUUUAGAGGUUCUGCAACAAUAUUUUGCUGGGAGUCUUAAAGAUGCUGCUAAGAGUCUUGGAGUUUGCCCUACUACAAUGAAACGCAUCUGUAGACAGCAUGGGAUCUCUCGGUGGCCAUCUCGUAAGAUCAAUAAGGUUAACCGUUCCCUUUCUAAGCUGAAGCGCGUAAUUGAAUCUGUGCAAGGUGCUGAAGGAGCAUUCACUUUAACUUCUCUAGCUAAAAGUGCACUUCCUAUUUCUGUUGGUUCCCUUUCUUUGCCUGACAAUUUGAAUAAAAAUCAACAGAAUUCACCAGGCUCUAAACCAUCUGAAUUUGUGGCACAAAAGAAUGAUCUCCCCACCUGUACGACACCAGGAAAUGGACAGGAUGGGAUAAAUAACCAGAUGCUUGGAGGCAGGGUAUUGGAUAAUGAGAAAUUCAUUCAUGAGCAAACUAGAUUUUUUAAGCCGGGUGAAUUCUCAAACCAGUCCAAAACAGGGAGUGGCUCAAGAGGUGAGAGCACUGGGAACCCUACUUCCGAUGAUGGUUCAUGCCAAGGUAGCCCCUGUUGUGGAAUUGAUUUCUCCCCGCAAAAUGAUCAAUGCAUAAAACUAGGGAGUUCGUUGGAAUUGGCUUGUCAACCAACAGAACUAAAUCUAUCUGCUGCAUUCUCAAUCCCUGAUGCUCUUGUCACGACGCUACCCCAAGAAUCAUUUGGAGGAAUGUUGAUAGAGGAUUCAGGAAGCUCACAUGAUCUACGAAAUCUCUGUCCAGCAGCAGAUGCUCUUUUGGACGAAAGGGUCCCAGAAUAUAGGUGGACAAAUCCACCAUGUUCCGAUGUGGUUCCAAAAGAAUCCAUGGCUACUUGUGCUGACAAAAUGACGCAAUUUUCAGGUAGGCCAGAACUGAAGACCAUGACCAUAAAAGCAACAUAUAGAGAAGACAUGAUUAGGUUUCGACUCUCUCUCGAAUCUGGUAUUGUCAAAUUGAAGGAAGAAGUUGCACGGAGGCUGAAGUUGGAGAUGGGUACUUUCGACAUCAAGUAUCUUGAUGAUGAUCAUGAAUGGGUUUUAAUUGCAUGUGACGCUGACUUGCAGGAGUGCGUGGAUGUUUCAAGAUCAUCAGGAAAAAAUAUAAUCAGACUGCUGGUUCAGGACAUAAUGGUUAAUCUUGGGAGCUCCUGUGAGAGUUCGGGGUAAUUGUAGCUUUAGUCUGUAUAUAUGGUAAAGCUCAUAGCUUGAUUCUUGUAGUGCUAGGCUCUUUUUGUAAGAAAAUUUCCCACUAUAUUUGUUAUUUCAGGCCUCUAGAGAGAGAUACCACCUAAGAAAGGCUUUACCCAAAAAGUUACAUAGGAGACAUAGGCUUUGUUUGUUUCGAUGUAAAAUAUUAUUUUUAUUUUUAUUUUUUACUUUUUUAUUAUUA